GCCCCCGAAGAUCGCUCCCGCAGGCGGUGGUUGGGGAGAAGUCCCCGCCCCGCACCCCCGCGCGGCGGGGCGGCGCGCGCCAUGCCCCCGGACGGCGCGGGCUCCACGCUCGACGCGCUGCUGAAGCAGAAGGCGGCCGCCCGCGUGGCCGCGGCCGCCAGGGCCAGGAGGCCUCCGCCGCCGGCGCCGGGCCUGAGCGAGCAGGAGAAGGAGGCCAUCGUCGCCCAGGAGGUCGGCAGGGCCGCCGGCGGCGACUGGGGGCCAGUCUUCGUGUACGGCUCCAUGCUGUCGCAG